CUGCCGAUGGCUGUCCACCUUUGUAUGGGAUGUGCUUGUCUAGGAGGGUCUCUGCGACGAGUGGCAGGCAUGUGUGGGCUGCGUGUACCUGCCUGACAGCUGCAUCUUGGCGUGGAGCACACGUGUCCGUGCUGGUGGCGGUCCCGGCGGUGUCCCGGCCAGGCACUGUGGGCCCUGCGCCCCCCGCAAGGGUCUGCUGGUCCCUGUCUGUCCCUCCUCCUCCCCUCCCUCCUGGCAGCCAAUGCAACUGGGGAGCCAGUUGCCAUGACGACGCUCCAUCCUCCCUCCAACCUCCCUCCUCCUACCCUUCCUCUGACAGGCUCUCUGCUCCCCCAAUCCUGGCUGCCCUCGGGGGCGGGGCCCUCAUUCUCCCCCCCCCAAUCCUACCCUCUCCCCCCCCCCCACCCCAGCAACCCCGGCUCCCCAGCUCCUCUCCUCUGUCCGCCUCUCCAUCCCUUCAUCUGUCUGUCCCUUCAAGGAGGGGGAGGGGGGUACCUGAGCCACCGCCACCACCUCCACCUCCCUUCCAUCCUCGACAAGAUGCCUGCCCCCGGCGCCCUCAUCCUCCUCGCGGCCGUCUCCGCCUCCGGCUGCCUGGCGUCCCCGGCCCACCCCGAUGGAUUCGCCCUGGGCCGGGCCCCUCUGGCUCCUCCCUACGCCGUGGUCCUCAUUUCCUGCUCCGGCUUGCUGGCCUUCAUCUUCCUCCUCCUCACCUGUCUGUGUUGCAAACGGGGUGACGUUGGCUUCAAGGAGUUUGAGAACCCUGAAGGGGAGGACUGCUCCGGGGAGUACACUCCGCCGGCGGAGGAGACCUCCUCCUCACAGUCGCUGCCUGAUGUCUACAUUCUCCCGCUGGCUGAGGUCUCCCUGCCGAUGCCUGCCCCGCAGCCUUCACACUCAGACAUGACCACCCCCCUGGGCCUUAGCCGCCAACACCUCAGCUACUUACAAGAGAUUGGGAGUGGCUGGUUUGGGAAGGUGAUCCUGGGAGAGAUUUUCUCCGACUACACCCCAGCCCAGGUGGUGGUGAAGGAGCUCCGAGCCAGCGCGGGGCCCCUGGAGCAGCGCAAGUUCAUCUCGGAAGCACAGCCAUACAGGAGCCUGCAGCACCCCAACGUCCUCCAGUGCCUGGGCGUCUGUGUGGAGACACUGCCCUUUCUGCUGAUCAUGGAGUUCUGUCAACUGGGGGACCUGAAGCGUUACCUCCGGGCCCAGCGGCCCCCUGAGGGCCUGUCCCCCGAGCUGCCCCCACGGGACCUGCGGACACUGCAGAGGAUGGGCCUGGAGAUCGCCCGCGGGCUGGCACAUCUCCACUCCCACAACUACGUGCACAGCGACCUGGCCCUGCGCAACUGCCUACUGACCUCCGACCUCACCGUGCGCAUCGGAGACUACGGGCUAGCCCACAGCAACUACAAGGAGGACUACUACCUGACCCCCGAGCGCCUGUGGAUCCCGCUGCGCUGGGCGGCGCCCGAGCUCCUUGGGGAGCUGCACGGGACCUUCAUGGUGGUGGACCAGAGCCGCGAGAGCAACAUCUGGUCCCUGGGGGUGACCCUGUGGGAGCUCUUCGAGUUUGGGGCCCAGCCCUACCGCCACCUGUCAGACGAGGAGGUCCUCGCCUUCGUGGUCCGCCAGCAGCACGUCAAGCUGGCCCGGCCCAGGCUCAAGCUGCCCUAUGGGGACUACUGGUACGACAUCCUUCAGUCCUGCUGGCGGCCACCUGCCCAGCGCCCUUCGGCCUCUGACCUCCAACUGCAGCUCACUUACCUGCUCUCUGAGCGCCCCCCACGGCCCCCGCCCCCCCCACCCCCACCCCGAGACGGUCCCUUCCCUUGGCCCUGGCCCCCGCAGCACAGCGCGCCCCGCCCGGGGACCCUCUCCUCACCGUUCCCCCUUCUGGAUGGCUUCCCUGGGGCCGACCCCGACGACGUGCUCACGGUAACUGAGAGCAGCCGUGGCCUCAACCUUGAGUGCCUGUGGGAGAAGGCGCGGCGGGGGGCCGGCCGGGGAGGGGGGGCGCCGCCCUGGCAGCCGGCGUCCGCGCCCCCAGCGCCCCAUGCCAACCCCUCCAACCCUUUCUAUGAGGCGCUGUCCACGCCCAGCGUGCUGCCCGUCAUCAGCGCCCGCAGCCCCUCUGUGAGCAGCGAGUAUUACAUUCGCCUGGAGGAGCACGGCUCCCCCCCAGAGCCCCUCUUCCCCAAUGACUGGGACCCCCUGGACCCAGGAGUGCCUGCCCCCCAGGCCUCCCAGGCCCCUUCCGAGGUCCCCCAGCUGGUGUCCGAGACCUGGGCUUCCCCCCUCUUCCCUGCAGCUCGGCCCUUCCCGGCCCAGUCCUCAGCAUCAGGCAGCUUCCUCCUGAGUGGCUGGGACCCCGAGGGCCGAGGCGCCGGGGAGACCCUGGCCGGAGACCCUGCCGAGGUGCUGGGGGAGCGGGGUACCGCCCCGUGGGCAGAAGAGGAGGAGGAGGAGGAGGAGGGCAGCUCCCCGGGGGAGGACAGCAGCAGCCUUGGGGGUGGUCCCAGCCGCCGGGGUCCCCUACCCUGUCCCCUGUGCAGCCGGGAGGGGGCCUGCUCCUGCCUGCCUCUGGAGCGGGGGGAUGCCGUUGCUGGCUGGGGGGGCCACCCCGCUCUUGGCUGCCCCCAUCCCCCAGAGGACGACUCGUCCCUGCGGGCAGAGCGGGGCUCCCUAGCCGACUUGCCCCUGGCCCCCCCCGCCUCGGCCCCCCCCGAGUUUCUGGACCCCCUCAUGGGGGCGGCGGCGCCCCAGUACCCCGGGCGGGGGCCACCUCCCGCUCCCCCCCCCCCGCCGCCACCUCCCCGGGCCCCCGCGGACCCGGCCGUGUCCCCCGACCCUCCCUCGGCCGUGGCCAGUCCCGGCUCAGGCCUGUCGUCUCCGGGCCCCAAGCCGGGGGACAGCGGCUACGAGACCGAGACCCCUUUUUCCCCCGAGGGAGCCUUCCCAGGCGGGGGGGCAGCCGAGGAGGAAGGGGUCCCUCGACCGCGGGCUCCCCCCGAGCCCCCCGACCCGGGAGCGCCCCGGCCACCCCCAGACCCGGGUCCCCUCCCGCUGCCGGGGACCCGGGAGAAGCCGACCUUCGUAGUUCAAGUGAGCACCGAGCAGCUGCUGAUGUCCCUGCGGGAGGACGUGACAAGGAACCUCCUGGGGGAGAAGGGGGCAAACCCCCGCGAGACGGGACCCAGGAAGGUGGGGAGAGGUCCCGGGAACAGAGAGAAAGCCCCGGGCCCGAGCAGGGACCCCACAGUCCUGGGCAGCGGGAAGAAAGCCCCAAGCCCGACCGAGGACCCGAGCCUCCCCGUGAACGGGGUGACAGUGUCGGAGAACGGGGGCCAGAGAGCCCCAGGCAUCGAGGAGAAGGUGGCGGAGAACGGGGCCCCAGGGACCCCCGAGAGAGAAGAGAAAGCGCUGGAGAAGGUGCUGGAGAAUGGGGAGGUGACGCCACCAAGGAGGGAGGAGAGAGUGCUGGAGAAUGGGGAGCUGAGGUCCCCCGAGAGAGAAGAGAAAGUGCUGGCGAAUGGGGGCCUGACACCCCCAAAGAUCGAGGAGAAGGUGUCAGAGAAUGGGGGCCCGAGACUGCCCAGGAACACGGAGAGGCUGCCGGAGACUGGGCCUCGGAGAGCCCCAGGGCCCUGGGAGAAGGGGCCCGAGAGUGGGGUGUCAGCCCCAGAGACCUCGCUGGAGAGAGCCCCCGAGCCCGGCGCAGUGGCCUUGUCCCGGAACGGCGGGGCGACAGCCCCUGGCCCCACUGGCCCAGCCCCCAGGAGCGGGGUGCUGGAACCCGGGACCGAGAGGAGAGCCCCCGAGACUGGGGGGGCACCGAGAGCCCCCGGGGUUGGGAGGCUGGACCUCGGGAGUGGGGGCCGAGCCCCAGUGGGCAUGGGGACGGCCCCCGGCGGCGGCCUCGGAAGCGGCGCGGACGCAAAGGCCGGAUGGGUAGACAGCACGAGGCCACCGCCGCCACCGCCGGAAGCACAGCCGAGGAGGCCGGAGCCAGCGCCCCAGAGAGCCAGGCCGGAGGUGGCCUCCGAGGGAGAGCCCGGGGUCCCAGACAGCAGGGCCGGCGGAGACACAGCACCCAGCACAGACGGGGACCCCCCCAAACCCGAGAGGAAGGGCCCCGAGAUGCCACGACUGUUCUUGGACUUGGGACCUCCUCAGGGGAACAGCGAGCAGAUCAAAGCCAAGCUCUCGCGGCUCUCUCUGGCGCUGCCGCCGCUCACGCUCACGCCGUUCCCGGGGCCGGGCCCGCGGCGACCCCCGUGGGAGGGCGCGGACGCCGGGGCGGCUGGCGGGGAGGCCGGCGGGGCGGGGGCGCCGGGGCCGGCGGAGGAGGACGGGGAGGACGAGGACGAGGACGAGGAGGAGGACGAGGAGGCGGCGGCGGCGGGCGCGGCGGCGGGGCCGCGGGGCCCCGGGAGGGCGCGGGCAGCCCCGGUGCCCGUCGUGGUGAGCAGCGCCGACGCGGACGCGGCCCGCCCGUUGCGGGGGCUGCUCAAGUCUCCGCGCGGGGCCGACGAGCCCGAGGACAGCGAACUGGAGAGGAAGCGCAAGAUGGUCUCCUUCCACGGGGACGUGACCGUCUACCUCUUCGACCAGGAGACGCCAACCAACGAGCUGAGCGUCCAGGGCCCCCCCGAGGGGGACACGGACCCGUCAACGCCCCCAGCGCCCCCGACGCCUCCCCACCCCGCCACCCCCGGAGAUGGGUUUCCCAGCAACGACAGCGGCUUUGGAGGCAGUUUCGAAUGGGCGGAGGAUUUCCCCCUCCUCCCCCCGCCAGGCCCCCCCCUGUGCUUCUCCCGCUUCUCCGUCUCGCCUGCGCUGGAGACCCCGGGGCCCCCCGCCCGGGCCCCCGACGCCCGGCCCGCAGGCCCCGUGGAGAACUGACUCCCCGAAGACCCCACCCCCCCGCACCCCCGGAAGAGGGGCUGAGGGUAGAAUCCUCUGUGGACGACGGAGCCACUGCCACCGCCGCAGACGCCGCCUCCGGGGAGGC